AUGUUGAAUGUAAACAUUGGGCUUCUUGGUCACGUCGAUAGCGGCAAGACGGCUCUGGCCAAGGCGCUGUCACGGACCGCCUCCACCGCGGCCUUCGAUAAGAGUCCACAGAGUCAGUCACGUGGGAUUACGCUGGACCUCGGCUUCAGUGCGUGUGAGGUGUCUGUCGAGGACGGCAACGAGGACGCCUGCGAAGUCCUGCGGUCAGCCGAGUUGACCAAGGUGCAAUGCACGCUGGUUGACUGCCCUGGGCACGCCUCCUUGAUUCGCACGGUGGUUGGUGGAGCGCAGAUCAUUGACGCAAUGGUGUUAGUCAUCGACGCAACUAAGGGCAUGCAAGCCCAGACGGCAGAGUGCCUCGUCCUGGGUGAGGUGAUGGCAAAGCCGCUCGUCGUUGUACUAAACAAGGUGGAUGCUGUUCAAGGUGCUACGCCGGAAGCAAAGGCAGCGACACUGGCAGCACUCAAGCGAAGGCUGCAGCAGACGUUCCGCCGCACACGGUGGCCCACGGUGGUCAUUGUGGAGGUGGCUGCUGCGCCACGCGAAGUGAUGGGUAGGAUCGGACCCCCCGUGAACACUGAGGCGGUGUUGCCUCAGGUACUGCGCGUCGUCGACCUCGUGGCGCUGAAGGCUGCAAAAGAGAGGGAGGGGGAAAGGCCAGAACGGUUUUACAUGCUCGUGGAUCACUGCUUCGCCGUGCGGGGCCAGGGAACCGUAUUCACAGGGACUGUUGUCGCCGGCAUGGUGCAGGUCGGGGACACAGUGCUCGUGCCGGAGCUGCAAAUGACCCGAAAGGUAAAGGGUCUGCAGGUGUUCCACAAACCGGUGGGGUUGGCGCGCAGUGGGGACCGCGUGGGACUAUGUGUGGCUCAAUUUGACCCUACGCGGAUGGAACGUGGUGUCCUCUGCAGCGCUGCAAGCAGCGGCCGAACGUUGGCGAACUCCUCGCAGCUGAUUGCCAAGGUGCAUCGUGUGCGCUAUCACCCACUGCCAUGCGACACACACACGAAGUUUCACAUUUCGAUCGGCCAUGCUACUGUGAUGGGGACCAUGAGGUACUUUUCGCGGCCGGCGCGCACUAACGCGAACCUCAACGUCUCCGGCGCUGCGGACCGAUUUGAUCCUUUCAUCGAGAGUACGUGGGUGGAAGAGCUGGGUGACGAGGUCGUGCUCAGCUAUAAUACGUCAACAAGUUCCACUGCAAGCGCGCCCGGACAGCCGUUACUGCCCGCACCGGCGGAGCAGGACUACUACGCCGUACUACUGCUCGAGCGACCUGUGCUGGCGGCCCCUGGCGUGUUCAUGAUCGCUAUGCGCCUGGAUGUUGAGAGGGAAAACUUUUGUCGCAUUGCACUUGCCGGCACGGUAUGCCACGUGUUCAGCGAAGACAGCCCUGCUGUGACGGCUGCGACACCCACCUUGGGCGACUCGGAACACUCUUCGAAUCAUACUCAGGUACCUGCAUGGCGAAGGCUUCCAGUAGUGCGCUACCGAUAUCGCACGCUGCGAGUGAACCGGGUACUGGACAGCCGGAGCUGCAUUGCCACCGGCGUCGUGUCGCUGCAGACGCCAGGCGACGGAGGUGGCAGCGCCACGCCAGCCCGAGCGUUUUCAAGUGCUAAACGAAAUAAAGACAGUGUCAACGGCGAGGAGCGCCAAAAGGCGGACCUCUUUGCAGAGGUACAGAAGUUUCUUCGACUUGUGGUCGUCUUUGAGCCCGAGGAUGCCGACGCAUCCGUGACAGCCCCUCAAACCAGCAAUCUUGGCACUGUCAAGGGCAUCAUCGACUCUUCGUUUGGCAAAACUGGAAAGGUGAAGCUUAUUUUCGAUGACCCUGUCUUCGCCGAUCCCGCUGCCAACACCACCACAGCGCCGACAAGUAAUAGGCGCAAGAAGAAGUCGGCAACGGACCCGAGCGCAGAGGACGGGAGUAACAGCGGAGGUGUAUUUCUUCGACCGGGACGCAUUCUUCUGAUUCUGAAGAAGUACCCCUUUGCUCUUCAUUCAGGCCUCGAGCAAUGA